AUGGCACCGCCGCCGUACACCUACACCCACUCCCCCUCCCUCUCCCCCCUAUCCACCCAGCCCCCCCAAUCCCUCUCCACCACGAGCAACCCUCCCAUCGCCCACCUCAUGACCAGCGUCCUCAUCCUCCGCCAGCCCAAAUCUCAAUCUCAAAAGGACUCAUCAUCAUCAUCCUCUCAAAGUACCACCACCAAAGCCUCACCCCCGCCACCGGCAGAGAUCCUCCUCCUCCGCCGCUCCCCCACAGACUCGUACCCCCUCAAGUGGGAAACCCCCGGCGGCUCCGUUGACCCCUCGGACCCGUCCGUGCUCGCCGCCGCCGCGCGCGAGCUCUACGAGGAAGCCCGCCUGGCGGACCCGCACUUCCUCGCGCACGUCGGCAUGGCGCCGUCCAUCAACGCCGACGAGGCCGCGCGGAUGGGCGAAUGGGGCAUCCCGCCUGACCUCGAAGACGCAAAGGACGUGGACCUCGUCGCCGCUGCGGGCAGCAUAGAGAUGAAGGUGACGACGUUUAUGGAGUCGGGCGAGGUCUGGGGCAAGAUGAACUUUCUUGCUACCGUGGACGAGGAGGCGGGCGAGAGGGUGGUGACGGACCCGGAGGAGCAUCUCGAGUGGGGGUGGUUUACGGAGGACGAGGUCCGCAGGGGACGGGCGUGGAGGAGGGUGGAUGGGGUGGAUGAUGGGGAGAGGAGGGAGAAGGUGCUUGAGUUCACGAGCCAGGCUGUUUGGGGGUCGAUUCUGGAGAGCUUUAGGGUGGGGAGGGAGCUGGGUGUGAUUGUGUGA